AUGCUGCCCACCGCCAAGACACCCGCAAGAAAGGCUUCAGAUAUCCACAAGGAGAAUCUGGAGAAAAAGCUUGCCGCUCAGGCGGCUAAAAAGGAUGGGGGUGUUAUUCCCCGCUCUCUGCAAAAACAGAUCAGGCCAAGGCCGUCUGUUGAAGAGCCUGCACUCAAGGUGCAGAAAAUCGCUUCUACCACCCGGGCUACUACCGGCGAUAACUCUCCACGCUGGCCGGACGCUGCUCAAUACGCCCGGGCCAUGCUGAAAGCCGUUCCCCAAGACGAGAAGGAGGCGAUUCCUGGAAUCAAUACCUUCAAUGCCGACCGGGUGAUGGUCAACCUGGCCGAUGCACUGCUCCGCGUUGAGGGGCUCAAGAAGGCCUACAUCUGCAAGCAGGAAGAGGUAAGAAGAGCCAAACGUUCUGCGGAUGACGCACAUAGUGUUGCUCACUAUUUCAUGAUAGUGCAUGACUUAGAAACUAAAGCUAUAAUCAUGCAACAGGCGGAUCAGGUCAAGUCCCUUCAACAGGCCCUCAAAGAGUCUAAGCUCAAAGUGGACAAUCUUCAGGCGGCCCUGGACAAUGCCAAAGACGAGCUCAAAAAGCAUGAGGAGCCCCUCAAGCGGCUCGACCAGGCGGAGAGGAGCAGCAAACGGCUGCAAUUAGAGAAUGACCGCCUGGUCAAGGAGGCUGCUGAUGCUCAGCGCAAUUUCCAGGCCACCCUUGAAGCUGAUCAGAGUCGACUCAUUGAGGAGAAUGAGCAGGACUGUAAAAACCGAAUGAAGAGGGCGUUCUCCAUUAUCCAUCCGGGUACAGACUACAACGACUGGGAGCUCGCUUACAAGUACGCAAAUCUUGCCAUUCUGGCUGAGGAGGAGGGCCAGUUGGGGCCUGGACCCUAUGAGCAAUGGGUUGAGGCGGAGUUCAGGCGGAUGCAGGAGGAGACGGCUGGCAACCAAGAGGCAGUCGAGGAUGAGGUUGCUCCCGGCUCCGUUCCCAACACCGACCCAACUCAUCCGGAAGGGAGUCAGGCUCAGGCUGACCAGGUGAUAGUGCAGCUAGAGUAG